UAUGUUGUGUGCUGUGUUGGGGAAAAACUAUCAGCUGUAAAAACUAUAUAUUAUCCUUAUCAUUUUAUAGUUUAAGUUCCUUGGGAAUUAAAGUUUCAAGGAAAACACAUCAAUGUUACGCUUCAUUCGAAAGAAGCGCUUGGCUCGGCUCGGUGGAGGAACCAGCAGUAGCAACAACAAUGGAGAUGCAUCCCAAAUAUCCAUUCCACAGUCCCCGGGGGUACAGUUGUCCACAUCACCCCCUGGAUCAUCUCUUAUUACUUCGCCUUCCAAGAGACAUCCACCACCUUCACCGUUGGAUGUAACACCAUGCAAGAAAGGUGUAGAACCUAUGGAAGUUGAAACAAAAGGAGAAACAAUGAUGGAUACAGGAAAUAGUCCUCAUUACCGUAGUGAUAACAAGAGACACAGGAGUGUGAGCACCACAGAAGUAACAGAAGAACUUGUGUGGGCAACUCUGUCCAAUCUUCUUCAGGCCACCUGGCAAGGAGUAGAAAAUGCAUGUCCACUUACAGUUCAGAUUACACCAGGUUCAAAACAACCUGAAGUUACAUCACAGGUGUUAAUGGACGUUACACUGAGACUGUGUUCUGGUGAAUUACCAGAGGGUCUUAUUGAUAGCAACAACUGUUCAUCCAACUCUCCAGAGCUCAGUGCCUCUCCUACUGGUAGUAGUAGUAGUUCAGAUGUUAGUGCGCUUACAAAACCAUUACAGUGUCCUGAAGCUACCGCCCUCACCUACCUCCUACAAACUUACUCUCGAGUAAACAAUGAAGAAAAAAUUCAUCCAAAGAGAAGCAGCUCUCCACCAUUGUCAUCAUUACUGCAAGAUGUUCGUCAGCAGUGUGUUGCACAUGUUGCAUUGCUUCUCUCAGGAAACUUAACAUCAACUGACCUCCCAGUAGUGUCACUCCUCCUCUAUCCAUUACUGACUGAGGGUCUACCUCGAGGGUUCCUGUGUCACCUUAUAAAUCACACCCACAAGACCCAGCCUCUCUUUGUUAAGGUUUUCAGCCCCCUCCUACAGGGUCUUAGCACAGCCAUGAGAAGUUGUAGUGUAACAUCAUCCACAUACAUUAGAGUCCUCGAGUCCUUAGUUUUACUGACAGACAUCAAGAUUAAUUCUUCUAGGCCAAUCUGCAGCCUUAUGGUGUCAAUGAGCAACUGGCUUCCAAAGAGUGAGUCACAGUCUGCAGGGCGGGAGUCCAUCUCAACCACCCUGCUGGGCCCAUUUUUGGAACUCUCUCUCUUUGCUGAAGAUGACCCAAGAGUGGUGGACAAGUUCAUCAAGCAUCAGGGAAAUAGCAGGACAGUUCCUGAUGGCCUUCUGGAUCUGGCAAGAGAAUUAGAUCUCAUGCGUACUACCAUUCUUCACAAGCUCUUCUACAGUAUCUUAGUGAAUGCCACUUCCCGUGAGCCAGUACUUGCUUACAUAGCCAGAAUUAUCCGAGCCAAUGAGAAGAGAGCACAGAUCCAUGUGAAGGAGCAGAUGGUUGCUGGAGAUGGCCCAACAAUUAACCUACUCUCAGUUCUCCAGCAGCUUUGCUUCAGGGUUAACCUUGAAAAGGUAGACCCAUAUUACCCCUUUCAUCCAGACUCUCUGGUUGAUGUCUCCAAAGAUUCCCGCCUCAUGAUGACACAGGAUGAAGUUGAUGAAUGGGUGAAAAAGCUACAAGCUGAACAACCAUCAAAGUUCCAAGAGAUAACAUUUCACAGCCAGUGUUGGUUCUUGACCCUUCAUGCACACCACCUUGGAGUGUUACCUGUCAUGCGGAAGUACACACGCCGCAUCCGAGCCAUUCGGGAUCUUCAGAAAAUGGUUGAAGAAAUUGAAAGCACAGAAUCUCAGUGGGCCAACCUUCCUGUGGCAUCAAGGCAGAGAGAGCUUCUUAAGAAAUGGAAGACCCAGUUAAAGAAACUGAAUAAGUCAAGGAUCUGUGCUGAUGCCGGGCUGCUGGACGAGAAAUUGUUGGAACGAUGCAUGCAUUUCUACUCUGAUGUUGCCAAGAUAGUCUUACGGGCACUCACUGGAGGACCAACUAGUCUGGCUCCCCUGGGAAGCUCUCUUGUAGAAACAGCCAACCUUCUCCCCCUGUCACCAUCAAUACCAGAACUCUUUGCUGCCAUGCCUGAGUGGUACUUGGAUGACAUGGCAGAGUUUUUGCUUUUUACGUUACAGUACAUGCCCAAGGUGCCCAUCAAACACUUAGAAGACCCAAUCAUCACCAUGACCAUUGUUCUUUUGUGUACUCCCACCCAUAUUAAGAACCCAUACUUAACAGCCAAACUUGUUGAGAUGGUGUUCAUGUUGACCCCUUCAGUCCAGCAACAUGUCGAUAGCUUACAUCAGCGCAUCCUUCACCAUCCACUAGCAGUACACCUACCUGUAUCUUUGAUGAAAUUUUACACAAUGGUGGAGACAACAGGAGCAAGCAGUGAGUUCUAUGACAAAUUCACCAUCCGUUAUCACAUUAGUGUAAUUUUCAAGAGCCUUUGGGAAGACAGAGGACACAGGCAAGCUGUAAUAACAGAGUCCAAUUCUGGUAAAGAGUUUGUGAAAUUUGUGAACCUCCUGAUGAAUGAUACAACAUCUUUGGAUGAAUCAUUAGAUGCUCUGAAGCGCAUCCAUGAAGUCCAGGAGGAAAUGGAGAGAGGCACUUGGUCACAGCAGACUAGGGAGCAGCAGCAGACAAGACAGAGGUUGCUGGCCACAGACGAAAGACAGUGCAGAUCAUACUUGACAUUAGCAAGAGAAACAGUUGAUAUGAUGCACUACUUGACAAAAGAGGUGCCAGCCCCAUUCUUAAGGCCAGAGCUCUGUGACAGACUGGCUGCAAUGCUCAACUUCAACCUUGCUCAGCUCUGUGGACAGAAGUGUGGGAAUCUAAAGGUGCGGCAAGCAGACAAAUAUGGAUGGGAGCCAAGAAAACUGCUAGAGCAGAUAGUGGAUAUUUACUUGCAUUUAGACUCGACUAAGUUUGCUCAAUCUAUUGCUAAUGAUGAGAGAUCUUUCAAGAGAGAGCUGUUUGAAACGGCAGCAUCCAAGUUGGAGCGAGCAGUGAUUAAAUGUCAGUCAGAAAUUGCUCAAUUCCGGAGCAUAGGAAACAAAGCCUUCAAUGUCCAGCAGGCCAAUCAGAAAAAGGAGGAGGAUUACAGUGAUGCUCCUGAUCAUUUCAUGGAUCCACUGAUGCAGACACUGAUGGAAGAUCCAGUUGAACUUCCCUCGGGAGUAGUCAUGGAUAGACCAACAAUUGUGCGUCAUCUGCUGAAUGAUCCGACAGAUCCAUUCACACGCCAACCUCUUUCAGAAGAGCAGCUGAAGCCAGCGGAAGCUUUGAAGAAGGAAAUCAGUGAAUGGAUUGCCUCCAAAAGUAUCCCAAAGAGCACAUCUUGAGGGCAGGACUGCAGUAGCUGGAAUGGUUCUACAUUUAGUGCUGUAUUAGACCCUUUGCCACAAGUAGAUACAUACAGACAAAACUGUACAGAUAAGAUUAUUAUGUGCAAACAUAAAUAUGGAAAUUGUCAAAAAGAAAUUUGGUAAGUGGUAAAAUAAGUUAAUCAGAAAAAGUCUAGACAGACAUUUACAACCACAUUCAGACUCUUACCCACACACACUGGCUUGCCUUCCAUUUGCUUAGAAGAAAACAUUUUUUUAUAUAGGUUCAGAGUGGAAGGAGAGAGAAGUGGAGAUGGCAUUUUAUAUCUUCAACAUUUUGGUGCACCUCAUACACAUAUGCUAAGUUAUUUGUUAAGUAUGAUUGUUUGGAACUAAGAGUGUGUUAACAUUACUUUGGUGGAAAAAAACACAAAAGAAGGUUGAACUAUAUGUCAGUAAUAAACAUUUUGUUGGCUUACAAAUUUUGGCUUGAAACAUGAGGUGUGCUGUGCAUUGAUUAGUAAGUCAAAAUUGCAUGUGAUUAUAAAGGACUUGAGUUUACAUUUUAUAUUACCAGCACAGUAAUGUGAGGCUCUACUUCAUUAGCUUAGAGAUCACAGAUUUCUCAAGGAGGUGCAUAAAGAUAUUUUUUAUAUUCAAAGCUAAGACAGAGGCAGCAGAUUUCUUUCAAAUGUUUGAAGGUGAGCAAACUUAUAUUGAUGAGCAUCUCUGUCCCUCAGUCAUUUUGAAUUAAAUCUAGCAAAAUUUAUAUCCAUAAGUCAUAUUUAUUGCAGAAAUUCUAUUCUUAAACUCAUAACAAAGAUAGAACAUAUUGGUAUAAAGUUUAUCAGAACUAUUUCAUAUUUAUAGAUUUCAUUUGUCUUUUAAUACACAAUUUAUGAACACUGCCAGAAUAUGUGUACUGGUAUUCUAUUGUGAUAAGUUAAACCUUCCAGGACAUAUGGCUACUAUUGCGAUAUAAGGCAGUUUCCUCCAAAGAUCUUGGAUGAUUUUGGAAAGGGCUAAUGCUCUGGUGAAGUUCAAAAUUUGCAGCUAUGACAGACUGACUUAGAUGAAUUUCCCAGUGAUCUUGUUAAGCCAUUUCUCAAGUCAUCAGAUGUUGCUACCAAGUCAUUCAAUGUAGUCUGUGGGAUAGCAUAUCUGACCGUACAAAUCAUUGUGUUGAAGCUGUUUUGAAAACAUUUGCACCCUUAUCCAUGAACUCACUAAUUACCUCCAUUUAUUCAUGCAAAAAGUUAUUUCAUUGGAAUCCUGAAGUCAAAAAGAAUGGAAAAUUUAAUAUCAAUAUUUUCAUUUAUAUAAAAGUGGCAUCAAAUUUAAAUUGCAUAUACACUUCUUGUUUGUGUGGGAAUGUGUGUAUCCAUGUAUGCACACACACACACACACACACACUCACACUCACACUCACACUCACACUCACACUCACACUCACACUCACACUCACACUCACACUUUCUCACUCUCUCUCUCUCACACUC